AUGUCUACAUUGCUGAAUAACCUCAUGUCGAAACUCACGACAGACCAAAAUGAAGACGCAAACACAAACACAAACUCACAGCCCCAACCCCCUCCCAAGCCAGAAAUGUCCGAGUCACCACCUCGCUUCCUCAUAAUCGGUGCAGGCUCUCGAGGACAAAAUUAUGCUGGAGCCAUCGACAGCGUAUCCAAUGGCGUAGUCGCUGCUGUUGCUGAACCCCUCAAGUUCAAGCGUGAGUCUCUUGGCCGUGCUCACAUCUGGGGCGAUGGUUCCCCUAAAGAAGGCCAAUCAUUCCAUGACUGGAAAGAGUUCCUCGAAUAUGAACAGGACCGUCGAAGUAGAGUGGCUGCGGGAGAUGAGAAUGUUCCAGAAGGUGUCGAUGGUGUCUUUGUUUGUGUUCUCGAUGAGAUGCAUCGUGAGGUUAUCGUCGGACUCGCACCACUUGGCUUACACAUCAUGUGCGAGAAGCCUCUCGCUUGCUCUCUUCAGGACUGUGUCGACAUGUACAAAGCCAUGCGUCCCUCGCAAUCCUCAAAGAUAUUCUCAAUCGGUCACGUACUACGCUAUAGUCCACAUAAUAUCAUGCUGCGGAAACUGCUCGUUGAGGACCGGGUCAUCGGCGAUAUAUCCAGUGUGGUUCACACUGAGCCAGUGGGUUACUGGCAUUUCUCCCAUUCCUAUGUCAGAGGAAACUGGCGUAAUGAGAACACUACUGCUCCAUCGCUACUGACAAAGAGUUGCCAUGACAUCGACUUAUUGCUCUGGCUGCUCUGUUCUCCUAAGAAAGCGGGACAAGGAGAACCGCAUAUCCCCGAAACGGUGUCUUCAUCUGGAGGCCUUCAUUUGUUCAAGAAGAGUAGAAAGCCCAAAGCCGCAGGAGCAGCAACAAACUGCACCAAGUGUCCCCUCGGAGACGAAGGCUGCAAAUUCUCAGCAAAGAACAUUUAUCUUGGUCCUAAGCUCAAAGGCUUGCAGUCUGGCAACACGAGCUGGCCUGUCAGUAUCGUCGUUCACGACAUCGAAGACUAUCCCUCUCAAGAAACAAAAGAGCAGCUAGUCAUGAAGGCCCUCGAGGAGGACUAUGACGAGUCCACUCCCAAGUCCGAGGUCCAGUCCCGUAACUGGUUCGGUCGUUGCGUCUUUGAAGCAGACAACAAUGUUUGCGAUGACCAGUUUGUCACAAUCACUUGGCCCGAGUCCACUCAACCUGCAAAGACAGCGACACUGCACAUGGUCGCCCAAACAACCAAGAUCUGCGAGCGCUACUCCAACUUUUACGGCGAGCAUGGUGAGGUCUACGCUGACUCGCGACGCAUCGUUGUUGACGACUUCAACACUGGCGAGACCAAGACUUAUCAUCCUCGUGUUGAAGAUCUUGGACAUGGCGGAGGAGACUUGGGGCUUACACGCCAGUUUGUCAUGGCAUGUGACCGUGUCAAGAAUCAUGGCUGGGAAGCUCCUCGCGCGCAAGAUGAGUUCAUUGGAUGCACUCUUGAUGAGGUCCUGCGAAGCCACGCCAUGGUCUUUGCAGCCGAGGAAGCCAGACUCGGCCGGAAGGUUCUCGAUUGGGAAGAAUGGUGGGACAAGGCUCUAGGGAAGCAACUGGAGCUCAACGGGCAUGCAUAA